CUCUGGACUGCAACUCCCACAAUGCACCGGGACUCGCCCUUCAACGCUCGCGUGCUAGUCUGACAGCCCAGCAGACUCGUGAAAUGUGCAAGUAAAGCAGCUCAAAGUCACAGCAGCAGCCGUGAAAGUGAAUUAAAAUGCGUUUAACCGGCUUUCCUGCAAAACGGACGUCCGCAGCCGCGCGUGGAGUUUGACGCGAGCGGGUUUUCUGCGUUAAAUGGUGACUGGCUGUUUAUGUGAGUGGAUGGUGACUGGAGUUCAUCACUUCAUCAUAUGUUUGUUUAUGAGGUUAGCGAUCGAACAGCGUGGGAAUGUGUGAGCAGAUCGUCAUCAGAUUCUGGUAAAGUCGGUGUUUUUCUCGUGAUUUCGCUCGGAGAGCCACAACAGGUGCUGUCACACAGUCAGGUUUGGUUGUGAGCGUGUGCGUGUUUGCGUGCGCGCUGGCGUGUAUGAAUGGAUCAGGUUGGGAUGGGGAACGCAGAACGCCAGGGGGCGCUGACAAAGGGCGAAGUGCUGCCUCGCCCUGCCUCCAGCCAAUCAGAGGGUUUUAAACAGGGUCGCUCAGUCUUGAACUCUCUGCUCUCGGGGGCGUUUGCAGGAGCCGUGGCCAAAACAGCCGUCGCCCCGCUGGACCGAACUAAGAUUAUCUUUCAAGUGUCAUCAAAUAGAUUCUCUGCUAAGGAGGCGUACAGGUUAAUUUACCGCACGUAUCUUAAGGAUGGCUUCUUCAGUCUGUGGAGAGGAAACUCGGCCACGAUGGUGCGCGUCAUUCCGUACGCUGCCAUCCAGUUCUGCGCACAUGAACAAUACAAGGGGAUUCUGGGACAAUAUUAUGGCUUCCAGGGCAAAGCUCUGCCGCCUGUGCCGCGCCUGCUGGCAGGAUCACUGGCGGGAACCACGGCUGCCAUGAUCACGUACCCGCUGGACAUGGUCCGUGCACGCAUGGCCGUCACACCCAAAGAGAUGUACAGUAACAUCCUGCACGUGUUCGUCCGUAUCUCUCGUGAGGAGGGGCUGAAGACGCUCUACAGAGGAUUCACUCCCACCAUCCUGGGGGUCGUGCCGUACGCCGGACUCAGCUUCUUCACCUACGAGACGCUCAAGAAACUCCACGCAGAGCACACGGGUCGCUCUCAGCCGUACUCGUACGAGCGUCUGGCGUUCGGCGCGUGCGCUGGUCAUGGUCAGUCGGCCUCUUACCCGCUGGACGUGGUGCGCAGACGCAUGCAGACGGCGGGCGUCACCGGACACACCUACGGCACAAUCUCCGGCACCAUGCGUGAGAUCGUGGCGGAGGAGGGUGUGAUCCGCGGCCUCUACAAGGGCCUGAGCAUGAACUGGGUCAAAGGGCCCAUCGCCGUCGGCAUCAGCUUCAUGACCUUCGACCUCACGCAGAUCCUGCUUCGCAAAUUUCAGCAGUUAGGCUACAAUGCGCGGUAGCAGACGGCGGCGCCCUCUACAGGAACAGGAAGUUGCAAGAAAAAGGGAACAAAUGUUUCUUUUUUUAAUCUGAGCAAAUGCUGCCAAUGAGAAGGAUGGGAAAUGCCUGGCGUCAUGUGACUAGUUUGUUCUUUUUUUUUUUUUAAUGCAAAAGCAUAUGUGCACUGCAAAAAUGAUUUUUUUACUUGCCAUUUUUUUUUUUUCUAUUACAAAUAUCUAAAAAAUUUUAAAUGAAGAUGCAUUUACUUGAGAAGCAACAUGAUUUAAGAUAUUAAGUCUUGUUUUCUGAAAAAUUAAUUAAAACAAGAAAAUAAUAUCUGCCAGUCAGCACUAAAAAAAAAUAAUUUUUAUAAAAAAAAACAAAAACAGAUUUUUCCUACUCCACUGGCUCAAAUUUGUUCUUGUUUUAAGCCUAAAACAGCUAAUUUUGCAUCAUUUUGCUUUUUAAGUAAAUGUAUGUUGAUGAAAGUAGGUUUAGAUAUUUGCACUGGAAAGCGACAGAAAAUACAGGUUAAGAAGCUCAUUUUUGCAGUGUGUUUAGUGUGAGUGUGUGUUUGGUACAGAGACACGCUGAAUGUACGUCCUUCCGUCUCCUGCCGUCACAGACAGAACGUCCUGUAAGUGCAAUACUGCGUAAUGCAUUUCUGGAAACACUAUUUUCCUCAGCGUCCCGAUUUAGUCUGUGUUUUCACACACGUCAGGGGCCUUGAUGACAAUGCACACAUGCGUUUUGAGUUUACAGCACAAGUGUGUGUGUGUUUGUGAACAGCAGAGGGCGUUUAUCUCAAUAUCAUGUUCAUAUCAGGGUGAAUCUCAUGCAAAUGGUCAAUACAUGCAGGUCAAAUUUCACUGUAAAAUCAAAAGUGAAAAAUUUUAAUCAUGAUCGGAAAAAAAUUAUAAUUAUACACUACCAGUCAAAAGUUUUUGAACAGUAAGAUUUUUAAUGUAUUUAAAGAAGUCUCUUCUGCUCACUAAGCCUCCAUUUAUUUAAUCCAAAGUACAGCAAAAACAGUAAAAUUUUGAAAUAUUUUUACUAUUUAAAAUAACUGUUUUCUAUUUGAGUAUCUAUUAAAAUCUAAUUUAUUUCUGUGAUCAAAGCUGAAUUUUCAGUAUCAUUACUCCAGUCUUCAGUGUCACAUGAUCCUUCAGAAAUCAUUCUAAUAUGCUGAUUUGUUGCUUUUUUUGAAAGAAAUGAUAGAAAUUAAUACUUUUAAUUUAUUUUAAGUUGAUCAAAAAUGAUGAUAAAGACAUUUAUAAUGUUACAAAAGAUUUCUAUUUAAGAUAAAUGCUGUUCUUCUGAACAUUCUGUUCUUUAAAGAAACCUGUAAAAAAUCUGCUGAAGUGUUUUCGACAUAAUAAUAACAAUAAAUGUUUUUUGAGUAGCAAAUCAGAAUAUUAGAAUGAUUUCUGAAGGAUCAUGUGACUGAAGUAAUGAUGGUAAAAAAUUCAGUUUUGAAAACAGGAAUAAAUUAAAUUUUAAAAUACAUUCAAAUGGAAAACAGUUAUUUUAAAUAGUAAAAUAUUUCAAAAUUGUACUGUUGUACUGUGAAUCAAAUAAAUGCAGGCUUGAUGAGCAGAAGAGACUUUAAAAAACGUUAAAAAUCCUACUGUUCAAAAACUUUUGACAGGUAGUAUAUUUCUAGAAUAUUUUCUGUUUUAUUUUACAUAAAGAGCAUGUAGCCUGAUUAAUGACCAUUGUCAUUAUAUAUAUAUAUAACUAGAAAUUAUUAUAUAAGUAAUUAUUAUUUGAAAUUCUUAUUUUGAAUUCUAUUUUCUAAUUAAAUAAUAAUAAUAAUAAUAAUAAUUCUUGUAACAGUUAAACAUUACAUGGACAUUAAUUAUACAUAUACAUAUAUGUAGUACACUUUUGCAUAAUUUUCCCUUAAAUGAUGUUUUUAUGGUUUAAUUUUUGCUCAAUAUAGGAAAAAAAAAAGAAUCCUUUUUAUCUAUUUUGGGCUUUAAUAUGAGUUGUUUCAUUCUGAGAUUCACCUUUUUUAUCUGUUACCAUUAAUCCAGGACAGGACAGUGACGUGAUCAGUGCGCGAGCCACACGUGAAGCGUGUUUUUCUGUCUGUGACGUGUUUGUGUGUGUGUUUUGCGUGUUGCACUACAUGUAUGAAUCUGCGGCUCCCAAGUGCCUGGAGAGAAACACCAAACAUAUGAACUGCAACAUCAUCAUUUCAGUCUCAUUGUUACUGACUGGUGUAACUAAUCAGUGUUCAAAUAGUAGUUCAGAUAUUGAACAAAUAACAUGUCUAUGUUUGGUCUUUAUUAAUUUGUGUGUUUAUUAAUUUACUGACAUGAGAGAUUUUAAAACCCUUCAUUACUCACAGUGACAGUAUUAAACUGUUCAUUACUGAGCUGAACUAUUCAUACAGUGACUCCAUCAAGUGUUCGUUCACUUCAAGUGUGUCUGAAUCUGACCUGUUUUAUCCUAAACUGAACAAACUGGUUUGUGCAUCCUUCUUUACAAUAAAUGCCAUGUAUUUUGGUAUUUUCUCAUCUCAUGUAGUGACAUUCAGACAUUUUGAAUGUGUUUUAAGACUUCUUGGGGCUGUUGUAUUUACUCAUAAUCAUCAUCUCAGUCUUUUCUGAACAAACUAAAAUCCCUACUAACCUGACAAUCGCACAAAGCACAAUGGUUAUUAUUCAAAUGUCUUUUAAAAUGGCAUUAAAUGCAUUUUAAAUGUUAAACAACAUCGCAGAGGCCUAAUGAAACACGGAGAUUCGUUUGAAUCGACUCAAAGAUUCGAUGUCUCGAGUCACAGAUCUGCUUGUUCAUUCGUGUCUCAAGUUCACAUGAAAGCAGAAUUCUUGUGUAUUUUGAUGUGUCGGAGCAGAAUCGCUGAUGGGAUUCAUUGCGGAGUUCAUUACAAAGUGAUUCGCGUCUUAGUGAAUCGUAACGGAAUCGAACAAAUCUCUCACUGAAAUGACUCGUUUGGAAGCAUCUGGAUUCAAGACUGUUUGUCAGCUGAAAAGAUUUGUGCCAAAUGAAUGUAUAUUAAACUAAUGACAUUAUAA